AUGAACGACCAACACCUGCUCAAGACUGUACUUUACGGUGAACUCUCCAUUGGACACCGUGACAGUUGGCUGAUAUUUCCCUCUCUCUCUUUUCUUUCUCAUCUACUCAACGCGCAUAGCUCCUCUUCUGCCGCCAUUUUGUCUGUUAAUGUAACUCUCUCUAGCGCCAACAAAAUCAAAGCGUUAUCUUUUGACUCCCUAUCGUACAAUCACCAAUCUCUUUCUUUAUCUCUCUCUCUUUCUUUAUCUUUUUCUCUCUCUCUUACUUUCUCUCUCUCUUUCUUUAUCUCUUUCUCUUACUUUCUCUCUCUCUUUCUUUAUCUCUCUCUCUUUCUUUCUCUCUCUCUCUUUCUUUCUCUCUCUCUCUUUCUUUAUCUCUUUCUCUUUCUUUAUCUCGCUCUAUUUCUUUCUUUAUCUUCCUCUCUAUCUCUUUAUUUCUUUCUGUCUCUUUUUUAUCUUUCUCUGUUUUUCAUUUCUCUCUUCCUCUUUCUUUAUCGUUCUCUCUAUCUCUUUCUUUAUCUCUCUCUAUCUCUUUCUUUAUUUCUCUCUCUAUCUUUUUCUUUAUCUAUCUUUAUCUCUUUCUUUAUCUUGUUCUCUCUUUCUUUAUCUCUCUCUCUCUUUAUCCCUCUCUGUCUCUUUCUUUAUCUCUCUAUCUCUUUCUUUAUCUUUCUCUCAAUCUCUAUCUUUAUCUCUUUCUUUAUUUCCCUCUAUUUAUUUAUCUGUCUUUAUUUCUUUCUUUAUCUCUCUCUCUCUCUCUCUCUCUCUAUCUAUCUAUCUAUCUAUCUAUCUAUCUAUCUAUCUAUCUAUCUCUUUCUAUAUCACCCAGACGCAAGCAGCAGUUCACAAAGACGCCCUGUCAAUUUAGACAGUUACUCUCCACUUUUAUUCUAUCACUUUCUCUCUUUUUCUAAUUUACCUAACAUUUUUCUUUCCUUCUUUAUUCCUCUUUCUCUCGCUCAGUACUUACUCCUCCCCUCUUCACUCUCUUCUCUCUUUCUUUUAUCAUCUCUUUCCUUUUCUCUCUAUCUUUUCUUUCUAGGUCUCCUUUUCGCUUUUCUUUCUUUCCCUCUUUCCCCUUCCGCCUCUCUUCCUUUAUUCUUUCUCUCUCUAUUUUCCUGCUUUUCUUUUCCCUCUCUUUUUUCCUCUCUAGGCUUACGUCACCGCCCCUAUCAUUUUCACCGGCCUCCACCACCUUCUCGAGUUGUUGCGUAUUAG